AUGUCGAAGCCGUCCCUCAACCCGAGUUCCGUCCAAACUCGCCUCUCGCAUAUCCUCAAACACUGGCCUUCUGACGCCGUGCGUCCAGCCUCCGUUUCAGUGCAAAAUUACCUCCAGUCCCGCAUUGCACUCCCCAAAAAUGAGCCAACAUCGUCUUCCACGCCGACUUCGACGCCAGCACCGAAAGCAGAGAUCUCUGAGUCCUCAGUAAAUGCGCUCUCCGCUCUUCUAGAGAACCGUUUCGCGCGUGCAUACCCGAUCUCCGAGAAAAUCCGAUACCCAGCCAGCGACCCGGAAUACUUCGAUAACCUUAUUCGCGAGUUUGAGGAGGCGCCGAAUCGCGAUUGGUUUGGUCGGGUAAAGAAGAGACUCGGCGGUAUCCUGCGCUUGCAGUGA